UCGGGCUGUGUGGCCAUGUUCCAGAAGUAUUCGAUUAUCUACCUCUCCAUCUCUUUCCCUAAAGAUCCUAGUGGCGGGUCCUCCGAGCUUCCUCCUCCCGGCAGAGGGCGCUGGCGGCGGCGCGAAGGCUGGGCUGGCUGGGCCUGGGCCGCGGAAGGGGAAGGGGACGGGCCGGCGGAGCAGGGACGAGGCGCAGGCAGCGGGACCAGACGUCUUCAUGUCUGGCUUGGACUCUUGGAGAAGUCUUCUAAUGGACAUUGCACACCAUGGAAGAGGUUUCUUUGCUCUGCAAGUCAACAACCCACGACAGCAGUCUCCCUGAACCAUUUCUGCGUUUCUCCCAUUAAAUGCCAUGUCUUUUUAAUACCUUCAUCCAAAAAUAUGCCAUGGAUUUCCGUACGGCUCAAAAGCAACAAAAGUUCUCGGAAGAACAUGAAACAAACUGUGUCAGAAGAUACUGAAGAGGAGGAGGAUGAAGAAGAGGACAAAAGCGAUUCUGAAGAUGAAUUUGAAGAUGAUUCUACCAUAGAGAAAGAUUACAAAGAUCUUGAAAAAGUCGUACAGUCUUUCCGGUUUGAUGUAAUCAUGAAAUCUGGGCUAGAUAUUGCAAGAAACAAAGUGGAAGAUGCCUUCUACAAUGGUGAACUCAGGUUGAAUGGAGAGAAGCUAUGGAAGAAAAGUAGAUCGGUAAAAGUUGGUGACACACUGGACCUCAUAAUUGGAGAGGAUAAAGAAACAGAAACUGUUGUAGUUAUGAGAGUUGUGUUAAGAAAAGCUUCAGAGAAGGAUGAUGGUGAUAAAUACAAAGUGGUUUUGAGGCGCUGGAGAAAUUUAAAGGUGCCCAAGCAGGAUGUAUUUAAAUGAACUAUGGUCUGCAUGUGGUGGUAAUUUACCUAUGAUCAAUUCAUUUGUUAAUACAAUAUAUGGAUUUUGGUUAAACAAAAUUCUUGCACUUUUAAUUAUUUAAAGGGUAUUUGAUGGCAUGCCACCUUCCUUGCCAUAAGCAUCAAUUCUGUCUGUCAGUUUGCUGCUUUUUGUUUCAUUUGGAAGGGGAGAAUAAUACUUCUACAGAAGACAACUGAGGAAUAAAAUGGAAGGCUAUUCUGAAAUUGUCUCUGCUUUUGUUUAAAUAACAUUUUAGGAGUGAAAAAUGGACCUUGCUUCUCUUUUUAUGUCUUGUGAAAUGGGUAGGCAAGUGAUCGCAGAAAGCUGGUCCCUGAAAGAGAAAAUACUGUGUUAGAUACAUAGUGCAAAUUUUCCUAAGUGAAUCCACAAAUUGGAAGCCUUCUUGAUUUCCUUUUGCAUCUUGUGCCUAUGAAAUAAAACAAAAUGCACAAAAGAUUGAUACCUUUAUUGGCCAACCAAAAUGCACAAAACAUUUCAUGCAAGCUUUUGUGUGCCUGUGUGACAUAUGGAUUCACCUACUGGCUCCAGAGUUUACAAUAACAAAGUAGAAUUCUGUAAACCAUAGAUACAGUGUGGUGAAAACAAAGAGGAUGAAUGUUAGAACUGAGUAAUUCAUCUCGGGAAAUCCAGCUCAGAAAGUGUGGUAGAAAACUAUAGUCCUAUACACAUCAUCUGAAAGCCUUGUAUUUGUUUUAGGAAGAGAAUAGAGGAGCACACAAAAUGCUCUGUUCACUUCACUGGGAUAAGCUUUGUAGACACCGCUGCUGUCUUUGGUAAAGUUAGGUAAAAUGUGAUCCUUUGAUGUUAGACUGGCACUCUUAGCAUUCCUCGUCUUUGGAUAUAAUGGUUAAGGCUGAUGGAAGUUACAGUCCAACACCCUUGCCAUAUGCAGACAAAGUAGAGACAGCAGUUCCAGUGAAGAUAGGAACACACAAUUUUCUGGAUUCAAGGAUAUGCAUUUUAUUGUGCACUACUUUUGUGAUUUUUUUUUUACUGUUUGGCAGUUUAGGGUUUUAUUCAGCACUGUGUGUAACUUGAAUCCUGUGAAAGAGCUUUGCCUUCCACUCCCUCCUUUUGAAGCCAUCAUGCCCCACUCCUAAAUUGUUCCCUUCACUAUCCAGAAUGAUUUUAGGGAAUGCUUUGCAGGAAUAGCAGGAACCCCCCUCCCCACCUGUCUGGUUCUGCUGCAGCUGGAUGCCUUGUUUCCAUUGAAGAGAUAUUUGUUGGAUUUCAUCCUUAUGCUUUCAUUUCAUGCUUUAAUUUAAACAAGCGGCUUGAGGAGACACUUGUACAAAUCGGUGGGCUCCCAUAGACAAUGUGAGCUAGCAGUCAGUUGCGGAAAUGCUGUGAACAGUACAGGGCAAAUGAAGUGAAAAGAUAAUGGUCUUCUUAUCUCCUUAUAUGAUAUAGGAAAGCAAAAGAAAGUCUUCCAUUGUAGAGGUAAGUAUAGUAUGUCACCCUGGAAAUACUUUUGGUUAAUAUGAUUUUUUUUUGUCAGUUCAAAAUUGUGGUUGCCUUCCUAUACACUUGUUGCCAUGUUAAAAAAAAACAGUGUGGACAGUAGUUUUAAUAAAGCCCAACAAAAUGUAUGAAA